AUGAGGUCAGAUCAGCUGUUCCAGCAGUUCAGCACAGACGCAUUUUAUUAUGGCUUCCACAGAGUUAGUUAUCAGCGUCCUGUGUGACAACUACGGAUGUUUGGCUUUCGAACAGCUGCUAGAACUCGCUCAGAGCAAUUUCGGCUUUGAGGUGACAGACCUGCGCUCAGUUCUUUUCGACGAUGGUAAAAUAGCGAUUCGAGAAGGAAAGCAGCCAGCCGCCAGCGGUAAUAUGAUCAGGCCCGAUAGUCUGGUUGUUGCUAAAACCAGUUUGAGGCUUUGUCAGAAAAAAGCUGGAGAAUGCGCCCAGUGUGAUUGCUUACACCUGUGUAGGUAUCUUGUAGUUGGAAACUGCACUUUCGGUGCCAAGUGUAAAAACCCACACAGUCUGGCUUUUCGACACAACGCUCGACUUUUAAAGAGAUAUGGUCUUCAGAAGUUAACAGAUAAACAGUUGGUGCAACUUUUGCUGCAAAAUGAUCCUUCCCUCCUUCCUGAGGUAUGUCCACACUACAACAAGGGCGAUGGUCAGUUUGGCUCCUGCAAAUUUGCCAGUGGCUGCAAAAAGCUCCACAUCUGCCUGCAUUUCUUACAAGGAGACUGUAAGUUUGGAUCCUCGUGUAAGAGGCAACAUAAUUUUGAUGAACAAGCGAUGAAGCUUUUCAAAGGAUACAGUGAGGAGAAUAUUCAAAACCUUUACAAGAUCUAUAGGAAUAAAUACAUCAUCAUUGGUCAACUUGAGAAGCCAACUGCUGUUCCAGUGCUUCCGGUGGCGAGAACCAGCCCACAGCAGCCUGUCCAUCAGCCUCCUCAAAACAAACCUGCAUCUCCGACUAAAUCCGUCACCUCCUCUAAACCAAUAACUGAUGCAGAGCGAAACGAGAUCUGCCUCUUCUUUAUUCGCAGAAACUGCAAAUUCAAAGAGAAAUGCGGUCGUGUCCACUGGCCCCUUCCUUACAGAUGGCAGGUUUUAGACAAGGAUGGCAAGACCUGGAAGGACUUGGUUAACAUGGAGGAAGUAGAGAAAGCAUUCUGUGACCCAUCAUGUGAUACGAGCUGCAAAGAUACACCUGCAACAACAUCCGUAUUGUCAUGGUUUUUUCCUUCGCGAAGCGCUGCGUCAAACAGUGAGCCUUAUGUGGACUUCAUAAGAAUGACAUACGGAGGAUCUCCAGUUCGGCGCCUGUCCACAGCCUCCUCUGUCUCUAAGCCCCCAUACUACAUUUUAACCACAGAGUGGUUGUGGUACUGGAAGGAAAAUGAUGGGAAAUGGGUGGAGUAUGGACAAGGUUCAGCAGAUGCAUCAAUCACUUCUAAAACCCUGGAAAAUGUGUACCUGGCAGAUGGAGAUGCAGAGAUCCCUUUCCAGGCUGGAAACCAAAAGUAUAUUUUCCACUUUAAGGAUGCAGUAGGAAACCAGCAAAUGUAUCAGCAGAAUUUACAGUACCAGACUAAGAGGGAGGUCCGACGGAGGCCUUGCUUUGUGUCUGCUCAUGAUGUGGAGCAGAAGCUCAAGAGUGGGGCAUCACACACCUCUAGCUCCUUUGUCUUGGAAGAUGUCCCAUCCCAUUGGGACAAAAGUGCUCUUCCAGAUCUAGGAUAUAAACUCCUACUUCUGUCCAAAGGAGCAAAAGAUUACAAUAUGAUUGAGACAUUGUUCAAGCGCACCAUGCCUAAUGGUAUCAUUGCAAGCAUCGAGAGGAUUCAGAAUCCAUCUCUGUGGAAAGUCUUUCAAUGGCAGAAGGAGCAGAUGCAGAAGAGGAAUGGAGGGGGACUUGUUAAUCAGCAAUACUUGUUCUACGGGACAGAGGACACAAUUGUUGAUGCAAUAUGUGAGCAAAACUUUGACUGGAGGAUGUGUGGCGUCCAUGGAACAGCCUAUGGCAAAGGAAGCUACUUUGCCAAAGAUGCAUCCUACUCAGACAGAUAUUCCAAGGCUGGAGGGAGUCGAACCAAGACCAUGUUUGUUGCACUGGUCCUGGUAGGUGAAUACACAACUGGAAGCGGCAGCUACGUCCGACCACCACAGAAAGCAGGAAGCAAAGCUCUCUAUGACAGCUGCGUCAAUUCCGUCAGCAACCCCAGCAUAUUUGUGAUAUUUGAGAAACAGCAGAUUUAUCCUGAGUAUCUAAUUAAAUACAGAUAAUUCUGAACUGAUCGUUUGUCUCAAGGUUUGGUUGAGGUAAUAAAUGAUGGUUGAUAGUGUGACUGUAUUUUUUGAAGGAAGAGUAUAUGAAUGCUUAGACUGCCUGCUAUGAGAAGCUAUAGUGAUUCAUUUGUUUCCUCUUUCCAGCCUACAGUUAAUCUCACCCUUUGUCUGCUGUAUUAUUCUGCUCAUUGUCUCUUUAUUUAUUUAAUUUGAGACAAGUCUGUCAGAGUGAGUAUAGUUCAAUGUUUGCUCAGUGAAUCAUCAAUAUUCUUAGGUUAAGAAGGCUAAAACCUUUUAUUCUUUUGCUCUUAAACUCUUUGUGGUAAUCUUACUGCUAAUCUUUUCUUUUUUGGGGUAAGCUUUCCUACUUGGAAAGAAUUUAAUUCUUUAUCAUAGGUACAAUUCAACUACGAGAGAUAAAAUGAGGAAAACCAAAAAAGAAAAAAGACAUACUGUGAGAGUUUAUUUGCAAAUUAUCAGAGAAAAUAAUAAAACAGAAGUUCGGCUCAUUACUUUGUAGGAUAACCUUUGUUGUCAAAGACAGAGGGUAAAUGUUCCCAGUCUUCAUCAGGUUUGAUCACACUUUGUCGGAUAUUUUGGCCUAGUCAUACAGAUCUCCUUUAAAGCAGUGAUGUUUUGAGGCUGUUAUUGGGCCACGGAGGCUUUCCCUCCACAGAUUUUCUAUGGGGUUUAGGUGUUGAGCCUAGCUAAGCUGCUGCAGAGCCUUGAAAUGUUUUUUUUUUUUUUUUUUACGGUGCCAUGUCUGUCCUGUAUGAACAGAGUGGUGUGCUUAAGAUGUCAUGCUGGAAGACCCAGCCUCGUUCCAUCUUAGAUAGUCUCACUGAUGGACGAAGGUUUUGGCUUAAUAUCUCAUGAUGCACAACGCCCUUCAUUCUCCCCUUAACAUGUGUGAGUUUUCUAGUCCCCUUUGCAGAAAAACUGCCCCAUAGGAUAAGAUAUAUAUCUCAUCCUGGGGCAGUUUUUUUUAAUAUAGAAAAACUCUAAAGUUUACUCAGAUGUAACUUAUCCAGUCAUUGUAUGUGCAGAUGUGUAUGUGCAGUAGAGGACAUACAGAAAAAGCAAUCUUAUACUAAAAUAAAAUAUGCCCCUUCUUCAACCCAUUGUAUCCCACUGAAUAACAAGAUUUAUAUUAAAUAUGUUGCUGUCUGGUUAGGUUUAAGUGAAUCUUGAUCUCAAUGAUUAGGAAUAUCAUUUGACCCACUGUGUUUGCUUUAGAAAUGAUCGGUUACUUGGUUUUGCACAUUAUAAUGAUAAUUAAGCAGACGUAUGUGUUUAGUGGUUGUUUUUCUUUCCGUUUAUAGGGAACAGUUUAAUGUUAUAAAAAGGAGGCAUUUACAGUGAUACAUCUGAUCUCAUAUUUGUAAAAUAUAGGCCCUGUUUCUUGUCAAAUAAAGGUAAUACAUGUGUGUUGUUUUGUUUUUGCUCAGUUUUUUAUUCCAAACUGUUUUUUACCUUAGUUAUAAGAUAUUUUAACUAUUUUGUUUGACAGUCCAUCACAGGGCAAGGAUAGAAACUACUUAUGAACCAGAUGUAAACCCACAUUCAUUUUGUGCUAUUUUCUAGAAUAAUCUAAGGUAAAUAAUUUAGAACAAAUGCUAUGGUGUUUAAAUGCGGAAUCAAAAUAAAUGUGGUAUUUAUACACUUAAUGCCUCAUAUAAUAACCUUUCAGUUGAAAUUGGUAAGUUUUUACUCAUAUUAUGUAAAAUCCUUUUUAUUAAUUGAC